UAUAAUUUCUGAACGUUAAACAUGGACUCUGUUCUUAUUCACCUGUUUGGUUUCUCAAUAGAAUUCAUAAAAAUUAUAUAUGCAAAUUACAUUGCUAAUGUCAUAGAAUAGCACAGUUCUAAUAGUAGGGCAUAACUGAAAUUCCAUACCCCACAAACCUGGUUUGUGUCUUCUGCUAGUUAGCUAGGCAUUAAAAAAUAACAGAUUUGUCUAAUUUCAAAUAAGCACUAAAAUCUGAGAAUAACUUAAGUAAGGUAUUCACUAUGGUUAAAUGUUCAGCAAUAUCUUCCUUAAAAAAAAAAAAAAAAAAAAAAGCGCAGUUUUUGUGUGAAAACAUUUAAACCAUGUGUUACAAUUAGCCCCGCUCAUCCCUAUCUAAUAGAAAAGCUGGAACACUUACCAGCAACAAAUAAUACAGUAGUGAACAGUAUGCUUGUAAAAAUCGAUGUCAAAUUGUUCAAUUUGAAGUUAAUUUUAAGGAAUACAUGUUAAAACGGCUUGCCAUGGCAACACUUUAAUCUACCGUGUGUCGUCUCUGCAUUUGAUGAAUCUGACGAUCUUCACCUGCAUACGAGAAGACAAGAACUUAAAGCUUGACGUUAGAAGUAUGACUGUUUUGUGCUUUUUUUCUCUGACAUCAGUCGUAGACUUUACUUGAAAGCGUCUUUCCCAACAGGAAUGUAGUUUGGGGGCGGAGACUCGCAGCAACAUUACAUUCUGCAUCCAGAAACUGUGAAAUAUGGACACUGCCAUGAGAACAGUCGUGAUCAUUCGAGCUCGUUCAGCUCUAUUCAUAACAGAAUCCAAGCACAGCACAAAGGCAGGAAUGGGAUUGGAGAGGUGGAUGUAGUGUUUGGGCUCGGGAUCUAGGACCAGCGGAUCGCUGUUUCAGCCCCAAAUCUGCUCUUGUAUUUGGGCGGGACGUGGAGAUAAAAAGAGUUCAGCAUGAGGAAUAACCAGGAGGCAGAGGGCUUUGAUGGCGAGGCCUCCAACACCUCGAUGAUUUCAGGAGCCACUAGUCCGUAUCAGCCGACCACCGAGCCCGUGCACUCCAGAAACGUGUUCAGGUCCAUCAGGUGUGACCUGGACUAUCUCAAAUCAAUUUUCGGUAUUUUAAAAGUUAUCGAAGUGGUCCUGGCUCUUAUUUCUUUCAUCUUUAUUGAGACCAUCAUGAUGUGCUCGCCCUGUGCCGGUGUCUACCUCUUUGAGUUUGUCAGCUGCAGUGCCUUCGUUGUCACAGGCGUCUUGCUCCUCAUCCUUAGCCUGAACCUGCACACCAAAGUGCCGCAUGUCAACUGGAGUCUAACAGAUCUAAUCAACACUGCCACCAGCACCUUGUUCUUCUUUCUGGCUUCACUGGUUUUGGCAGCUCUCAACCAUCAAACUGGAGCAGAGAUUGCAGCUGUGAUUUUUGGGUUCCUGGUGAUGGGAGUAUAUGGCCUGAACACAUAUCUGGCAGUACAGAGAUGGCGUCUCAGGGAUUCACGAGACGGCCCCCUGCAGACCAGCGAGUACAUCCGUGCCCGCACAGCCUCGCGGGGAGAGGUGGAGUCACGGCCUGAACUGCAUUAAACCACCAAUAGAGACUGAGACAAGCCAAGCCCCGUCUGCAUUCCUGUCACAGUGUGUUCUUCUGUGUAUCCUCGUGAUGAAAGCCUGAUGACGGGCGGUUAGGAUGAGCACUUACAAACAAACAGUUGUGUGACAAACUUCUGGCAUCUUCAUUAUAAUCAGCCUCAGGCUACCGUCAUUCGACUGUAUACUUAAAUACUGUAUCUUUCCGCUAAUUAAGGGCUUUACGUUACUAUGAUCUGGAUGAAUACUGACAGAAACUCACUCCACUGUGUUCCUAAACUUCUCCCAGCAGAGAAUCUAAAAGGUUUUAAUAAUGCCUGCAAUAAAACAGAUGAAGCCUGCCAGUCACCACUUGAAACCCCUUCUAUUUAGCUCCAUUCCCAGCUGGCUAAUAUGAAAGGAAUGUGACUGUUUCUAAAAAUGUGUCUUACCAAAGAUCAGCUGAUUUAAGUGAUCUUUCUGACUGAAGUGGAAUGGGAAUUUGUGGGAGUGUUUAUGAACAAAAACUGUUUUCCCUCUGCUAUUGUGUUCCUGUAUCAAACACAUCUGAGUAAACUGCAGUUGGAUUGGACCGUUUGUCCGUAGAGAUGAAGUAACUAGAUGUUAGGAGCACCAGUAUUUAUUUUAAUGUAAAAUAUUUUUAUAAUACCACAGCUUUGGUAGCUACAUUGUACCAAAUGUAGUCGUGAAUGUGACCCUGUGUUAAAACUGACAACAGCUUUCAAAUUGUGUGUGUGGGUGAUGGGGGUGUGAGUUUUAUGAAACUUUUUAGAUACUAAACUUCAGAUACUUCAGAUUUUUAGAUACUAAAUCUUGUGUGCAUAGUCUAUUGUUUUUGUUUUUUGUGGUUGUUUCUGUACUCAACCCUGUCCAGUUAUCUGUAUAUAUUGAUUUAAGCAAGGGUAGAGUUUUUGAAGAAGGUGUAUAUAUUACGUAUCUGUGUGUUUGAUAUGACAUUAAUGAAGGGUUCCUGUUUGUAUGAAUUCUUAUGACUGAAACUAACAGACUGUAUUUGAAGGAACAAGUGUACUGCAGUACAUAUGAAUGCAUUAGCUAAACUGUGUAUCUAUCUUUUCUGUGUGCCUUAAUUGUAGAAGCUUGACUAGUCAAAACACUCAACUUCUGAACACUAAUGUUAUGACAACAUUAGCAGAAUAACAGCUUAAACAUUUGAUGAACUGAUCCUUGGUAUGAAAAUCUGUUUUUCUAAAGUGCUUUAUUGAUCCUCUAAUGGGUCUUUUUAAAAGGAGUGUCAUGGAACGACAUUGUGGGGAAAACGAAAUGUAUGUUUUACCACAGAUUUUAAAGUGUAGUGCAAUUGUAUGAUUUCCCCCCCCCCCCCCCCCUAGAAAUGAUCAUUUGUAAUAUUCGUUUAUAGUCAUACUUAUGUCUUUCUUUCUAAAGUUCUUUAGUGAAGUCACUUUUACGUUUUGGAAUAAGACCAAUGUUGAAAUGAAGUAAUUUUUAGGUGUGGACUCACAUUAUAGUCACAGAUAAACACUGUGUGGGCUUGAAAAUGUUGAAAGACAAUCACAAGAAUGAUUUAAGUCUUAAUGAAGGACUCUGCAUUAAAGUGCUGAAGUCAUUGUUAAUUUUUUUCCUAUUUUGAAAGCAAUACUGUGUGCUUAUGCUUUAAUAAUGUGUAAAAGCUUUCACUGUGCUUUGACUAUGCUAAACUUCUUAUUGGAAGAUUUUAGCAUCAAAAUAACUCCAGAUUUUGACCAUAUGGUUUGGACUGUGUUUUCAACUUAUAAAUCAUUGAAGUAUUUCAAAAGGCGCUAUGCUGACGCUUUGAGGGACUCAAAUUUUGAUUAUGAUUGUACUGUUUCUUGCUGACAUUGCCCGUAUUCAAGAAAGCAAUGUGUUAUUCCAUGUAACAGUGCUAUAAAUUUGUAUUUUUGUAUUUAUAGAGUUGUGCAUAGCCUUACAAAAUGCUAAUUGUUUGAAAAUAUUUGUGAUGGCAAUCUUUUCCUCAAAUAAAUGGAUGGAUGGACGUUGA